AUGGCGGCGGCGGCGGCAGCGGCUGCGACGGCCGUGGCCGGGGCUCAGGGCCCAGCGGCCCCUGCGGCGGCAGCGGCGGGGACCCCGGGCCCGGGGGGCACAGCCCCCGGGUCGCAGGGCGUGCUGAUCGGGGACCGACUGUACUCCGGGGUGCUCAUCACCUUGGAGAACUGCCUCCUGCCCGACGACAAGCUCCGCUUCACGCCAUCCAUGUCGAGUGGGCUCGACACCGACACGGAGACGGACCUCCGCGUGGUGGGCUGCGAGCUCAUCCAGGCGGCCGGCAUCCUGCUCCGCCUGCCGCAGGUGGCCAUGGCGACGGGGCAGGUGUUGUUCCAGCGGUUCUUCUACACCAAGUCCUUUGUGAAGCAUUCCAUGGAGCACGUGUCCAUGGCCUGUGUGCACCUGGCCUCCAAGAUAGAGGAGGCGCCCAGACGGAUCCGGGAUGUCAUGAACGUCUUCCACCGCCUGCGACAGCUGAGGGAGAAAAAGAAACCUACACCUCUACUGCUGGAUCAGGAGUACGUUAACUUGAAGAACCAGAUUAUAAAGGCAGAGAGACGAGUUCUCAAGGAGCUGGGUUUCUGCGUCCACGUGAAGCACCCCCACAAGAUAAUCGUUAUGUACCUUCAGGUGUUAGAGUGUGAGCGUAACCAACACCUGGUCCAGACCUCAUGGAAUUACAUGAAUGACAGCCUUCGCACAGACGUGUUUGUGCGGUUCCAGCCCGAGAGCAUCGCCUGUGCCUGCAUUUACCUUGCAGCCCGGACGCUGGAGAUCCCUCUGCCCAAUCGUCCCCAUUGGUUUCUUUUGUUUGGAGCAACUGAAGAAGAGAUUCAAGAAAUCUGCUUAAAGAUCCUGCAGCUGUAUACUCGGAAGAAGGUUGACCUGACACAACUGGAAAGUGAGGUGGAAAAGAAGAAGCACGCCAUGGACGAGGCAAAGGCACAAGCCAGGGGCCUGCUGCCAGGCAGCACCCCUGCCCUGGACAGCACCUCGGGGUUCUCCCCUGCCCUCAAGCCCGCGGAAUCUCCCAAAGAAGGCAAAGGGAACAAGGCUUCCCCGCUCUCGGUGAAGAGCAGCAAGAGGAAAACGGAGGGUGUGAAGAAAGCCAAGGCCGACAGCCCGGUGAACGGGUUGCCGAAGGGGCGAGGCAGUCAGAGCCGGAGCGGGAGCCGUGAGCAGAGCUGCUCGAGGUCCGCAUCGCGAUCCGCCUCUCCUAAGAGGAGGAAAAGCGACAGCGGCUCGACCACAGGAGGGUCCAAGUCCCAAAGCCGCUCGCGCAGCCGCAGCGACUCGCCCCCGAGACAGGCGCACCGAGGCGCUCCCUACAAAGGCUCCAAGGCCAGGAGCUACCACAAGGCCAAGGACUGCCCGUACCCCGCCCAGAAGCCACCCACGUCUCGGAGCCGGAGCUCCUCCCGCUCGAGAAGCCGCUCCCGGGACCGGGCAGAUACUUCCGGCAAGUUCAAGAAGAAGAGUCAUUACUACAGAGAUCAGCGGCGGGAGCGUUCGAGGUCUUACGAGCGAACGGGCCACCGCUACGAGCGGGACCACCCCGGACACAGCCGGCACCGCAGGUGA